AUGGAGACAAUGGAUGUGUUACUACAAACUCAUUUGCUAUUGGCAUCAGAAGUUUCUGUAUUACAACAACUUUCAGUUCAACCUGAACAGGAACUCGAAUGGAAGCUUGCACAGCUUGCCUUGAAUGGUCAAUCUUACGAAGUGGUCCAACUAGUGCUAAACGAAUUUACUGAGAAAAUUAACAUUGAGACUAUAACAGAUGAUGCAUCUUUACUAAAUUCAAUCAGAUCGUUUCUGUCCAAACACUUCCAUAAAGAUAAGAACAUAGCACUUACAUUUUCUAUUGCAUUAUUGCAGUGUUUUAUUCAAAAUAACUAUACUGGUCCUUCAACACCUAUCGAUAUCUAUGACAUUUUCUCCCAAGACUUGACCAAAAAGGAAACUAUUAAUUCCUUGCUAAUUCAAUCAUUAACUGUUUUGGGUCAAUGUGCCUAUGAAUUAGUUGAUGAUCCAAUGUACCUUGUUCUAUCAUUACUUUUAUUGGAGCAAAUAACGGAACAACCAACAUUAUUUGGGAAUACAGUAGACAGUGACAUAGCACUUCCUGUGAUCUCUUCCACUGAAACUCCAGGUAUUAUUGCAUUAGCACAUUGGUGGAGAGCAAGAGCUUUACUUGUCCACUUGUCACUUCUGCCUGAAGCAACAGGAUAUCAGCCUACAGUUGCAGCUACAAUUUUACAAUCUAUCGACUUAGCUCAUGCUGUUGUUAAGGAUUUGCCAGCCACCACUUCAGAAGAAUUCAAGAAAUGUAUAUAUACCAUAUAUUAUUUGGAGAAUGUAAAAUGUUCCUUAGCCAUUAAUCACGAGCAUUUAUGUCUACCGUCCUUGACAAAGGUGAUGAAGUUAACCAAUUUUCAAUUUGUCUUAACAGGUGCUCGUGCCAAGAGAACUAAGUUUCAGGAAAGAGCACAUUCAAGUUUGAUUAUUUUGGCUGAAUCAUCAUUUAAUCCUCAAAUGCCCAAUUUAUCUUCGACUAAAACAUCAUCUCCCGAGAGUUUUGACCUGAAUUCUGAUUUACUGUUAGAGAAACCGCAAUUUGAAUCUAUAGGAUCGGAACCGCUAGAUGAACAAAUAAUUAAGAAACAAAAAAUCGAUUCAUCAAAUGAUCAGCUUUUAGAAGAUAAACUUUUACCUUUAGCAUUACGUCAAGAGUACAUUCCGCAAAGUCUACAAAUCAUAGACCCAAAUAACCAACCUGCUCUAUCAGCCUAUGAUUCAUUACAAUUAUUACUGCGUCUUUACACAAUUAGACAGACAAGUCCUGCUAAAGAUCCUCUGGUUGAGGAAGAAUUAGGUGCAUUGAUUGGCAGAAUUAUUUACCAAACGACUGGUGAUAGAAACUGGACGAUCUUCUCACGUUCCCUGUGGGAAAGAUCAAUUGUGGAGACCACCAAAGCCAAGACGCUUGAGAGGGGGUUAUUGCAAAUGCAAUCUCUUGUUGAAGAAUUAGGUUUAAAAAUUCAAACACGAAUGAUACCUCAGAAUAAUGAAGAAGAGAGCGUGGUUCCUAGAUUGAAAUACAUUCAUCAAUUGCCAUUUAUUCCACGAUGGGAGCUAGACGCUACUCUAGCUGAAAAAUAUAUGUCACUAGGUGUACUAAAGUCUGCUGUUGAAAUUUAUGAGAGGCUGCAAAUGUGGUGUGAGACUGCUUUAUGUUAUGCUGCAGUUGGAGACGAAAAGAAAGCCGAGGAACUUCUCUGUAAAAGAGUUAGAGCUAAUCCAAACGACGCCAGAGCAUGGUCUAUUCUUGGUGAUAUUAAGCAAGAUCCUUCAUUAUGGGAGAAAAGUUGGGACAUUGGAAAGUACGUUAAUGCCAAGAAUUCUCUUGGAAGAUACUAUUAUAACCCCCCUGCCUCUUCUGGUUUAACUAGAAAUUACAAUCUUACUUUGAAACACUUAAAUGAUUCAUUGAGAAGAUAUCCAUUGAAUUUUGAGACAUGGUACUUUUAUGGGUGUGUUGCCUUAGAAUGUAAUAAGAUGGAGGUAGCCGCCGAGGCAUUUUCUAGAUGUGUUUCUUUGGAUCCGACACAUGCGAUGGCUUGGUCCAAUUUAAGUGCUGCCUAUGUGGAAUUGAAUAAAUUGAAGGAAGCUUUCAGCUGUUUAAAACGUUCCAUUGCAUGUGAUUCACAAAGGAAUUGGAGGAUUUGGGAAAAUUAUAUGCUAGUAUCUGCUAAGCUAAAUGAAUGGGAUGAUGUAUUAAUUGCUUGUAAACAACUUGUUAAUAUCAGAAGAAAUAAAUCAGGGGAAGGGUCUAUUGACCUGCCAAUUGUAGAAAAAUUAAUUGAGCUACUGGUUUCUAGUGAUUAUCCAAAAUGUGAUGAUGACGAAGAUAGUAUCGAAAGCCAAUUAACACAUUUCCAAAAGUCCUGUAUAGAGUUUGUGUGUAUUACGUUGCCUUCUGUGAUUACUACAAGUGCUAGAUGUUGGCGACUAGUUGCUAAAGUGGAACUUUGGAGGAGACGUCCUUGGGCUGCCUUGGAAUGUCAUGAAAAGGCAUAUAGAGCGGUAUCGCACAAUCCAGACCUAGAAAUUGAUGAAAAGAUAUGGAACGAAACAGUUGAUGCAUGUGAAGAUCUUGUUGCAGCAUAUGAAUCGUUAGGUGAAAUGGAAGGAAAACAUGGACCAAGCAGUUUAGUAUGCAAAGACUGGAAGUACAAGGCUAGAUCAACUAUUAAGGCCUUGAUGAGCAAAGGUAAAGGUAGAUGGGAUGGCUCCGACGGUUGGGAGAGAUUAUUACAGGCAAGAAGUCAAAUAUAG